AUGGUUGUUGAGAAAGGAACCCCAAACGGCCCGAAAACCAUCAAGGCAUCAGAAUUCAAGGCCAAAUGCUUGAAGCUGAUGGAUGAAGUAGCGGAAAGCGGCGAGGAAAUAGUUAUCACCAAGAAUGGUCGUCCGACAGCCAGGUUGGUGGCGUACGUGGAAAGACCCAAGACACUGUUUGGCAUCGAUCGCGGCAAGCUCGAAAUUCUUGGCGACAUCAUCUCCCCAAUAGAUGUUGAUUGGGAAGUUGACACAGACCCUGACCGGGUCCUUUACCCGUGA